UGCUUUCGUUAUAUUAUUUUUAUUAUGGAUCCCAUCUUGGCUGAAAGUGACAAACUUAUACAACUAAAAAAAUUUGAACAGGCAUUUACAUUGUUAUAACAAAAUGAAUCCAAAAUACUUCAGCAACAAUAAUAUCAAAAUCAAUUUCAUUUAAAUAUUGGUAUAUGUUACUUUAGACUCGGAAAUUAUAAAUAAGCUAUUUCUCAUCUUGAUUAAUGUGAUAAAUCAGAUCAAAUUCAAAAUAUAACUGCCAUUAAAUUUCUAUUAAUGUCAUUGAUUUAUGAUCAACAAUAUGAGAAAUGUAUGAAAGAUUCAACUUGUUUCUUAAAAUAUGACAAUUUAGAUAUACUGUUAAAUGUUUAUCAAAGUAGAGGUUAAUGUUUAUAAGAUUAAGGCUUAUUUUUAGCUGCCAUAGAAGAAUUUAAAAAAUCUAUAGCAAAAGGAAAUAAAAAUAAAAUUGAUAUUGCAUAUUGUUAUCUCUAACUUUGUGAAUUUUAAGAAGCAGAACAUUUUGUAAAUGCUUAUUCAGAAAGAGAAUAAAGUGAUAUUCUAGCUUAAUUAAUUAAAGCAGAACUCUUAUUAAAUACAGAUAGAAUAAAAGAAGGUGCUUAAGUUUUAUUUACUGCUUAUUAAUACUAUAAAUCCAAAUAAUUUAGCAUAACAGAUUAUACUCCUAAAGAAUUAGAAUACUUAGAAUCUAAAUUGAAUAAUUAAAAUGGAAAUUAUAUAGAAUCUUUUUAUAAAAAAACUAGAAAUAAAAAACUUGAUAAUGAUUAAAAAAAUACUUUUUUAUCAUUUGUUCAUGAAUUGAAUAAUAAAUAAUAAUAAGAAUUGUCAAAAUAAAUUGAAGAUCAAAUUAAAAAGGUGCUUUCAAAAACUUAAUUAUAAAAAAUGAAUGCAGAAAAAGCUGUUGAACAUUUAUUAGAAGAUGAAUAAUUUAAAGAUUAUUAUGACACAUUUAUUUAAUGUGUAGAAUCUACGUUUGAUCGUGCAAGUGGAUUUGUUAAUAGAUUUUAAAUCAAGACUGAUGAUAUUCUUAUUACAUUUGGACUUGAAUUAUUAGCAAUGGUUCCUCUAGUUGGAUAAACAGUUUCAUCUGUUUUAAAUUCUUUAUAAGCUGAAAUAAGAACUUUACAAAUAGUUUAAAGAUCAACUGCUUUAAUCUAAAUAGGUAAUACUUAAGAUGAAUUAACAUUUUUAAUGAAAUAAGUUCUUGUAAUUGUUCUUAAAGAUUAGGAAAAAUAAAAAGAAAUAAAGGAUCCUGAAAUUUCUAAAAGUUAUUAGAAUUAUUUAAGAGAUUUCUUAAAUUUGAAAUUAUAAAUAAAAAAGUAAAUAAUUAAUCAUUUAGAUGAUAUCUAUAUAAAAGAUAAAAAUAAAUAAGAAUUAUUAGCAAUAAAAGAUGCAAGUGAAUUAUUAGGAACCUACUUUAGUUCUGGUUAUUUGUCUUUAUUUGAAGAUAAAGAUGAAGAGAUGUUUCCAUAAAUAUGCGCUGAAUUUGUAUUAGCAGAAGGUGAAAAAAAAGUUGAAUUAAGAAAGAACGUUUCAAAGAAAAUUGAAGGAUAAAAUGAUAAACGAAUUAUUGAGAGUAAAUGUUGUAUGAUUUAUUGA